UUUCAAAAGCAUGAAAGUAGCAAUGGCUGCAAUGCACAAAUAUAUAUAUCUUUCAAAAAAUAUAUACGAUUUGUUGGCCUGAUUUAAAUCGUAAUAUAAAAAAACACGUUUUAAAUGCUUUUAUGAAAACUACGCUAUUUUUUCCCGACCUUCUUCAAAAAUUUUUAAAACUGUUUCCAUAAAAUUGCCGACUUUUGAAAAAAUCGCUGAUUAAACAGCAAUUUGCUAACUAUGCUCUCUACACAGUGGGGCUCCCUCCAAAUACACAGUAGGCAUGUCCAUCUCCAAAUGCCCUUCUUCCUCUCCUCUUACCAUGCCACUCUCGUCACCUCUUUCUCUCUCAUUCCAAACCCCUCUUUCUCUCUCAUCCAGAAACUCUCUUUCUCUCACAUCCCUACUCUCCUCCUCGUUGUUUCUAUAUGCAAAGCUCUCAUCAAUGGUGGCACCACCGAGUUGCAGAAGCUCCCCAUUGUCCUCUCUCACUCCCUUGUAUUGCAAGUCCUCAAGAAAGACCUCAACCCACAUAGGAAAAUGGAGUUUUUCCGAUGGGUUUCUUCCCAAACAGGUUACAAGCCCUCGAACGACGCUUAUUCUCUCAUGGUUCAAAUAGUUUCUCGGAAUAAGGACAUUGACUCUCUAAGGACACUGAUGCAUUCCAUGAAGACAGAGAAAAUGGUUCUUGACUCUCGCUCUUUCAAGCUUAUGCUCAACUCCUUUGUUUCGUCAGGUAAUUUCGAUCAGGCUCUUGAAUUACUCCAAGACAUGGAAGAAAUUGGUUCGAGCUUGAGUCCCCAGAUUUACAGUUCAGUCCUUCUUGCUUUGAUUAAGAAGGAGCGUGUCGACUUGGCAUUAACAUUGUUUCAUAGUGUUCUCAAGGGGGGCCACGUUCUUCUGAGCUCUGUUGCCUGCAACCAACUUAUGGUGUUUUUGAGGAAGAGAGGGAUGGUGGUUGAGUUUAAAAGGGUUAUCUCAGAGCUGAGAAAUCUGGGUUAUCAAUUCGAUAUUUGGGGUUACAAUAUCUGUAUUCAUGCUUUUGGGUCUUUUGGUGAUUUGGGUUUCUCUUUAGAACUCUUUAGAGAGAUGAAAGAGAAGAGUUGGAACCCUGAUCUUUGCACUUACAAUACUUUGUUGCGUAUUCUCUGCAAUUCCAGUAGGCUUAACGAUGCUUUGGCCAUUGCAGAGGAGCUUAAGAACUCUGGUCAUGAUCCUGAUGGUUAUACUUAUCGUAUAUUAAUUCAUGGGUGUUGUAAAGCUUAUCGUAUAAAUGAAGCUUUGAAGCUUUUUAGAGAGAUGGAGGUCAAUACUCGAAACACUGAUACUGUAGUUUACAAUUGUAUGAUGGACGGGCUCUUCAAAGCUGGGAAGGUCUCAGAAGCUUGCAAUUUUUUUGAGAACAUGGUUCAAGAAGGGAUUAGACCCACUUGUUGGUCUUAUAACAUUUUGAUCGAUGGGUUGUUUCGAAAUGGAAGAGCUGAGGCCGCUUAUACUCUCUUCUGUGAUUUGAAGAAGAAAGGCCAGUUUGUUGAUUCCAUUACAUAUAGUAUAGUUAUAUGGUAUCUAUGUAAAGAUGAUAAAACUGAGGCCUCUUUGGAGCUUGUUGAGGAAAUGGAGGCUCGAGGAUUAGUUGUAGACUUGACUGCCAUUACCACUCUCUUGAUGGGGCUGCACAGGACUGGAAGGUGGGAUUGGGCUGAGAAGCUUAUGAAGCAUGUGAGAGAUAGUAGCCUGGUUCCAAGUUUGAUAAGGUGGACUACGGAAAUGGAGUCUUGUUUAAGAGCUCCACAAGAUAGAGCAAAGGACUUCGAACCCAUUUUUCAAUUUGAAGGUGGUGAAAGAGAAAUUGUGAAUCUCAUAAGUUAUGAUUCUGGUUCAGAAGACAAAACCCAAAUUAGAGAUGAGAAAGAAUCUGACAUCUGGUCCCCCUCUGUGCACUUGGAUCGAUUAACAGAUAAGCCUAGCGCUUUACAUGGGACUCGACAAUUUUCGUUGUAUAGAGGAGUAAGAGUACAUGGCAAGGGGUUUGAGUCCUUUGACACUGAUAUGGUCAACACAUACAUGUCUGUCUUUUUGGCUAAGGGAAAACUGAGCAUAGCCUGUAAGUUGUUUGAGAUCUUUAAUGCAAUGGGUCACAAACCAGUAAGCUACACUUAUAAUUCCUUGGUGAGCUCAUUUGUGAAGAGAGGCUACUUUAAUGAAGCUUGGGGUGUUCUUUGUGAGAUGAGAGAGAAUUGUCCAGCUGAUAUCGCAACAUACAAUGCAGUAAUUCAGGGUUUAGGGAAGAUGGGUAGAGUAGAUUUGGUUUGUGCAGUCCUUGACCAACUGUUGCAAACAGGUGGUUACCUUGAUGUUUUUAUGUAUAAUACUCUGAUACAUGUACUUGGGAGAGGGGGUCGACUUGAUGAGGCCAACAAACUAUUUGAACAGAUGAAAUCAAGUGGUAUCAAUCCUGAUGUGGUCACUUAUAAUACACUAAUUGAAGUGCAUAGCAAGGCAGGUAGGGUGAAAGAAGCUUACGAAUAUCUGAAAGCGAUGUUGGAUGCAGGUUGCCCUCCUAAUCAUAUCACAGAUACUAUACUUGAUUUUCUAGAGAGAGAAAUUGAAAAAUUGAGGUAUGAAAAGGCAUCUAUGAAGCGGGUUAAGGAUGGUCCCUCUUGACUUCCUUUGUUGGUAUUUAUCCAAUCCCCUUUCCCAUUUAUAUGUGGGCAAGAGGUUGAGGCUUGUGUCUUUGCCCUGAACCACAAAGAGGGAAAAAACUCCAAACUCUAAAAGGUGCUUCUAAGAGUUCCUUUAACUGAAUCAUGGUUCCCAUACUUCUAUAGCUUUCUGCUGCAUUUCUUGGAAGUCCUCGUGUUCAGAUGGUCCUUGCUAUGACUUUCUCAUGAAUGAAGUGGUAAUCAAUUUCAAUGUGCUUGGUUAUCGAACCAAAGUUUGGGUACAAAGUGAGAUAAAUCACUAUGUUUUAUGACCAUUGUUUGUUGCAAAAUAGAAGAGUAAUCGGUUGUGAUGUUGAAUGAGGUACCUCAUAUUGAUAGCCUUGGCAAUGGGCUCGCCUAUGACAUUCUGCUUUAACACAUCAGCCAAGUUAUGUUUGAAGAUCAUUGGAGUAGCCAUCUUAGUAAGUAUCUAAGGAGGUUCACCACCCCAAGGGGACUACUACAGGGCAGAACGCUAUCUGUUAUAACCUUAACAUAUAUGAGAAUUCAGUGAUAAUAGAAGAAUCUAAAAGAAAGAAAGAACAAUUAUGAGGGUCCACUUUGUUUUUACCUUUUUGUAAUUAGUUUGUAUACUUGAUGCUGCUGUGUGGUUGCAGGAUUAUGCAAAAUUGUUGGACAAGAUUUUAGUGUCUGUGCAUUGUCUUUAAACACAUUGUCUACAUGUUUAAAGAUUUGACAAGAGUGCCAGACUAAAAUGGUCGGAAAAACGGCAACACUCUUUUAAGUCCAUAUUAGGUUUUGGAAUGUUCACAAACCUGUUUGGCAUGUGCUGAAUAAUUUAACUUGGGUGGGUGCUACUUAUAUACUUUCUUAUCUUGAGUUAGUUUAUUCCCAGUAUACAUAACUUUGAGAGGUGAAAAUUAUGGAGUAACACUAGGUUAAAGGUUUUGUUAAUGCUAAUUCAUGUUGAUUAUCACCUUUAGUCACUAAUUGUGCCUUACAAUGUUCACUGAUUCUACUUGAUCUUAGAUAUCUGUUAACUGUCCACAAAAUUUAGUUUAGAGAUUUGAGGGAUAUGUUACUAUGUCCAGUAUUGAUUCAAAAGCGGUCCGCCCAAUAUGGGGUAUUUUUUGUUUUUUUUUUGUUUUUGUUUGGAUCAUAAAAUAUGUAUGAAUAUGCAUUUUUUAUACAAAAUUUGGACCUAGAACAUGAUUACUGGAAACCGCUUUCCCCCUAUCUCUAAGGCCACCUAGGCAGCUCCCAACAUUUUCUGGAACACUGAUGUUCAGUAUUCUGGUGAGUUUCUAUCUUUUCUGGAAUGACUUUCUUUUUAGAUGGUCGCACCCUGUGAUUUAAAAAGGCAAGGGGAAGUCCCAAAAAAGCGGACGCACCAAAUAGUUGGGAAAAUACUCCGAUGAUGAUGAUGAAGGGGAAAGCCAAAAGUGACAUUGAUAGAAGUAGUGAGAAAAAAUAUAGUGACUUUUGGUCUUAGUGAGGAUAUGACUCUUGAUAGAGAAGAAUGGAGGAACAAGAUUCACGUAGCUGAUAUCAAAUAAUUGGGAUAAGGUUUGGAUGAUGAUGAUGAACGAGCUUGGACUCCUUAUAGGUAUUUGAGUGAAAAUGCUAAUUAUAGAAAAGAUGUUGACGAAGGUCAGAUGGGAAUGAAUGUUGAAGAAACACAAAGACCAUAGUUGCCGUCUGUACCAUGAAAGAGAAUGUGGAGCACAAAUGGUGAGAAAUACUAAAUUACCUCUGGAAAAUUUAUACCCAUACACAUUAUAUUUUAUAUCCUUACAGACGGUGCACAAAAAAAGUGCAUCAAGGUGUUGAGUAAUAUAUACUGUAAAUUGUUCAUUUGUUGCUGAGUUGUUUAAUGGGACACAGUUGUUGAUUUAAUUUUUUUAAAUUGUGCGGUUUUUUAUGUUUACUUUGUCAUUUAGAAAUGAUAGAGAAGGCGCAAGUCUAAUGGUCAACUGGUGGUGUUUUUGUAUCUUCGGGUUCUAUGAGAUAUUUUAGAGGCUGUUGGCCAUGGUUGGUUGAGGGUGACAAGUGCCAUGGAAAUGUUUACCAGUAAUUUAUGGAGUUUUUAAACUUGAUUAUCUCUUUUCUUUGAUUUUAAUUCAAUGCAACUGUAGAGGGAUACUUUCAAGCAAUGUUUAAGCACUUGCCUGAGCCGACUUGGACCUGGGGUUGACAGCUUAACAAACCCAGAGCAGGCGAGUAUUAUAGUGACAUGCCCAACUACUUGCACUAGUUUGAAAUCCACCCCUCCUUUUUUUGUUUUAAUAAUUUCAAACCUAUAAGCUAACCUAUUUGAGCCAAAUUUGAAACCCUAGUUAGAUUUUAGCUAGAGCUGCUGAUUAUAUAUAAUGGAUUUGACAAAAAAAAAUCAUAUUUUAUGGAUUCUUUAAUAUAAAAAAUAGGCCAGGUUUUUUUAUUAUUUCAAAAAAUUCUGAUUUCUUCAUAAUCGAUUGUCAAUGUUUGAUCGCUAAGCCUAGUUUUAUGUUCUUGAUCUAAACGUAGGCUUUAUUUUUACAAAAAAGAAAAGAUAUUCAAAAUAUUAAGAGUUGAGAGAUUUGAAAUUUGGAUUUAUUAUAAAAUUUUUCAAGAGUUCCAAACCCUUAGAUCCUGACUUGAAAACCAAGAUUGGUUUGGGAGUUGUGAUUGAGGUUGUCCAAGGGAGCUUUGAUACGGAUUGGAGGCAUUGGUUCGUACCAAGCAAGGAAGAUUGGGUGACCAACCUCAGAAUUUCCGUUAAAUUUCAUUUUUCAAUUUAAAUUGAUAUAUUUGAUUUUUUUUUUUACUUGGUCAAUUGUACUUGAUUUAUGA